ACUCCCCUUCUCGUCAACCUGAGAGGGAGGGUGCAUUUAAUUUUUUCUCUGUCCUACGAAAGACAACAUCGAACGAAGGUAAGCUGGGUCACCAUGACGGCAGUGAUGGAGAUCCCGGUAGUGGACAUGUCCCCGUACGGCCUGGACGUGGUCAGUGAGGACAAAGUGGACAAACAGACAAUUCGAUCGUUAGCCGACGCGAUAUGUAGGGCCUUACGGGAUAUCGGUUUCUGUUACAUCAAAAACCAUGGCAUGCCACAACCUAUGAUCGAUCGAAUGAAAGCAGUGUCCAAGACGUUUUUCGAAAAACCAACUGAAUAUAAGAAAUCCUAUGCACGACCAGCUACAUCGAAUCAUGGAUGGGUAGCCCUGGAAAGAGAAAGUUUGAAUCCAGAAAGACCAGGAGACUACAAAGAGGCGUUUAAUUUCAACCCUUGCGAGGAAACCAAGAAUUGGCCAGACGUCGAUGACUUCGAGGCAACAAUUAAAGAUUUUUAUGCAUCUGGUCAGGCAUUGUCUCUGAGAAUAUUUGACUUGGUAUCAUUAGGACUUGACUUAGGAGACAACAAAUUCAUGAGGAAUUGUCACGCCUUGAUUGGUCAGAAAGGAAACUGCACGGCAGUUCGAAGUUUAUAUUAUCCGGCUCUACCACCAGAUAAAGACAUCAAACCGAACCAGGUACGGUGUGGAGAACACUCGGACUACGGCUCCCUCACACUGCUGUUUCAGGACGACGUGGGGGGUCUAGAGGUACGUAAUAUGCAUGGGGAGUAUAUUCCAGCCUCACCAAUCCCUGGUACUGUACUGAUCAACAUUGGUGAUCUGAUGCAGAGAUGGACAGCCGAUUAUCUCACUGCUACAAAACACCGAGUGUUGAUUCCAGAAGAAGAACUGAGACGGAGAAACAGUCGUCAGUCUAUAGCAUUUUUUAUCCAUCCUGAUGAUGAAGUAAUGAUAGAAUGUCUGGACAAAUCAAAUAAAUAUCAACCAAUCACAAGCUAUGAUUAUCUCCAGGAACGAUUCGCAGCCACAUACUGACCAAUCAUAUAGGCAACGAUUCUCUAGGACCAGGGACUGAUUCCAGGGCUGCCCAAAACAAUUAUUCUAACGUUCUGUCUACAUUUCAUAUCGGUCUGGAGUCGAUGGACGUUAGAAUUAAUUCAAAGGAAAAUUGCGAAAAAAAGAAAUCAGUCUUUUUACAUACAUUUCACACACCGAUCGCAUCUCCCUCCUCAUAGAGCCGGGGUUUUGUUGUUCAUCGAGCGCAGGUCGAUAAUUAAAAAGUGGGAAAACAUCACAAUUCAAACUAGUUCAAAACUUGCAGCCCACAGGAUAUAUGAUUUAUUGCGAAAGAAAAUAUUUUUGCUGUGAACAAAGUAUAUACACUGUACCAUACCACUGCAGCAAAGCAACGAAGGUUCAUUUCGACGAAAUCAUUGGAAACAACUUGUCUUAUGGAAAAUAUAAUGUGACGUUGAUGGCAUGGAAAAUAUAAUGUGACGUUGAUGGCAUUCCAAGAAGUUCCAUUUCAAUUGAUAAUACAUUUUAUCACAAAAUGACAGCAAAUGACAUGUGUUUUUCCAACAUGCUAGAGAUCAGCAACUGGUAUAUUUUAGGUACUGUCAAAAGGGUUUGACAUGUAGGAGAAUCUAGGUAUCUCCACAAAUACAAGCUACGGCUAUCAGACAGCUGACGAUUCAAACUGACGACUAGUGAUGAUGAAGUUAGUAAAAAUCGCAUAAUCAA